AUGAGUGCUCAGACACCACCCACACUCCUGAAGCUGGCAAGGCAGGCUCUGCUGAGAGAUGAGACCUUGGACAUGUCAGCUCUGGACAAACUGCCCAUGGAGCUCUUGCCAGCACUGUUCAAGGAGGCCUUGACUGGCAGACACACUACAACUGUGAAGGCAAUGGUGGCAGCCUGGCCUUUCCCCUGUCUCCCUGUGGGGGCACUGAUGAAGACCCCUUACUUGGAAACCUUCAAGGCAGUUCUAUCAGGAGUAGAUACAUGGCUGCAAAGAAAGUUUCACCCCAGGAGGGGAAAACUUCAGGUUCUUGACCUGAGGAAAAAGCACCAUGAAUUCUGGAGCAUAUGGACUGGUGAAGAGGAUGGUGACUGCUCAGCAGAGACCCCAGAUGAGCAGCAAGUAGUGAAGGUCCUUCCCAGAUAUGCACUGAGGCGGUGCCUGAAGGUGGUAGCUGACCUUUGCCUCAGGCCACGUGUAGAUGAAGAACAAACAUGCUUCUUGCAGUGGGCCCAGCAGAGAAAGGACUCCAUCCAGUUCUGCUGUCCACAAAUGACUAUCUGGGCUCAGCCUAUCCACGUUAUUAAAGAGGUCCUGAAUGUUUUUCAUCCAGAGCAUAUCCGAGAAUUCGAACUGAACACACACUGGAAUGUGUUUAUGCUGGCAGACUUUGCUCCUUGCCUGGGCCAGAUGAGAAAUCUUCACAAACUCUUACUGGCACCCAUCUCCAAGAAUGUCUUCAAGAUUAGCAACAGGACAACAGACAGGGAAGACAAGUGUAUCCACAAGUUCAUUUCUCAGUUCUCCAGAUUCAACUGUCUUCAGCACCUCUCCUUAAAGAGUGUCUACUUUCUCAGAGACCGCAUCAAUCAGCUCCUCAGAUGCCUGAUGACCCCGUUGGAGACCCUGUCCAUGACUUACUGUGACAUUUCACAGGUAGACCUGAACUACUUCUCUGAGUGUUCAAAGCUCUUUGAGCUGAAACAUCUGGACAUGAAAGGUGUGCCCUUAAAGGCUUUGGAACUUAUGCCUCUCCGAGUCCUCCUAGAGAAGGUGGCAGACACUUUGCAGUCCCUGGACUUGAAAUGUUGUAGGAUGAAGGACUCUCAUCUCACUGUGCUCAUACCUGCCCUCAGCAAGAGCUCCCAGCUGGCCAAGGUCAAUUUCUAUUGCAAUGACUUCUCCAUGCCCAUCCUGAGGAACCUUUUGCAGCACACAGCCAACUUGAGCAAGAUGAAUGUGGAAAAGUACCCUGCCCCUCUUGAGUGCUAUGAUGACUUCGGUUAUGUCUCCACAGAAAGAUUUGCCCAACUAUGUGCUGAGCAAAUAGAUAGACUCAGGGCCAUACGGCAGCCCAAGUGCAUCUCCUUUGCUACACAUAUGUGCCCUAGAUGUGGAGAGCGCUGUGUCUAUGGCGUGGGAUUCCGACUGUGUCUUUGCCAGAGGAGGCAGCGGUGA